ACAGUGAAACGGUAUCUUUUUCCAUUAAUCUGCAGCUCAUUAAUGGGGAAGAUGAAGCCUUAACGCCGCCUAAACGAAAACCCAAUCGCUACAGAAAUUUGCUUUCCAACUUUGCGAUUUCUCUUCUCCUUCACUGUCACUUCAAAGGCAAGGUUCUUCAAAGGCAGAAAGGGGAGGCCAGGGUAGUUGAGGAGGCCAACUUACAAUUUUAUGUCAAGACGACAUGGAUCAGAAGCUCUCAACAGAUGUGGUAGAGCAUAGAAACGGUGGAUAUGAAAGUAUCAGAGAUGAAGAAGAUCCCCAACUGGGAAUGUAUGAUAAGCCACUUCCUUGCUGUGGCUGUGGAAUAGGAUGGUUUUCUCUCUUGCUUGGGUUUGUUUUCCCACUGAUGUGGUACUUUGCAACAAUUCUCUAUUUUGGAAACUACUACCGUAAAGAUCCAAGGGAGCGAUCGGGACUUGCUGCCUGUGCAAUAGCUGCUUUGAUAUGUACAGUGGCUGUGGCAAUCAUAACACUUGUUCUUCUUCUCUAGUUCGUAGCCACUAUAAUAUGUUUCUGUUCUCAUCACUUUUAUGUGCCUCCUCAACCAAAACAUUAGCUAAGGAUCUGUAUACAAAGUUUUCAUCCAUUCUAGUUGUAAUGGAGGCAAGAAAAGGAACAUUGGCACUUAGAAUGUUCAACCAUAUGCCAUGCAAAUCAAUUGCUGGAUCCUUCUCCAGUCUUGUACAUGAUACAAACUUUAAGUAGUAAAUUUUAAAACCGUCUAAUACCUCAUUAUGUGGGCAGUGUAUGAACUACUAACAAGCAAAUAUUUCCCAAAAAUGUAACCCUGGAAGAAUUCAAUAUUUUGAUUGUGUUCAAAAGAAGCUUAAUAAAAACGUAUACAUGAU